AACGGGGAACGACCCUGAGAUUCAAUUUUCAUAGGAUGACAGCUGAUUCCAAGACUAUGACACAAAUGUUGGCAAGCGACUUUUUUGUAAUGUGUGUAACCAAUUAGCUUUGGAAGUGAUUUGUAGACCGUGAACGUGUCUGUUUUGUAAAGAACAUUUUAGCUUACUUGCAGUAGGCGGUGGAUGUGGCCGCAGAAUUGAUCGCCUGAGAAUAAACGAAAGACAGCAACACGGACCGAAAGUUAGAUAACUUGCCAGACUGAAAUAUAAAGACUUGAUUUGACCACUUCGGUAACUUCAUCACGGAUGCUAAAGGCGAUGAGUGAUGGAGCCGGGUUCGGUGGUCCGUGCCGUGUUUGAGUUCCUGCCCAGCGUCUCUGAGGAGCUGCCCCUCUUCACUGGCGACGUCAUCGAGGUGCUCAACGUGGUGGAUGAGUUCUGGUUGCUCGGAAACAAGGAUGGAGUCACAGGCCAGUUUCCCAGCACUUUUGUGGAAGCAGUCACCAUCCCCAGCACCAAACCAGAGGAUAAACUGUAUGUGUGUAUCAAUGACUUCAGUACUGCAGAGCCAGGGAGCCUACCCCUGCAGAGAGGUGAUGUGGUGGCAGCCGAGAGCAGCGUGGACUCAGGGACAGCCUGGCAAAGGGGGCGUAAUGCCUGGGGCGCUCGUGGCCUCUUCCCUGUGUCCUGCGUGAAAGAGCUCCACCUGUCGGGUCGUUCCAGGCAGCUGUCAGAGCGCAGCGCCCAGGCCCAGGCUUCCGAGCUCCCCCCAUAUGCCUUCGGCCAGGCCAGGGCACUCAUGAGCCUCCAUGCACAGCUCCAUGAGGAGUUAGACUUCUGCAAGGGGGACCUUAUCACCAUCAUCGGCCUACCCGAGCCUGGCUGGUUCCAGGGAGAGCUGGUCGGACGCAGGGGGGUGUUUCCUGAGGGAUUCGUGGAGCUUCUGGGGCCCCUGAGGUCCCCACAUGAUACAGAGGCUGACCCCAUGAACUACAAGACUGAACCUUUGACCUAUGAGCCCUACAGUAGUGGGACAGGAAUUGAGGAGGUGUUUUCCAGGGAGAUUGAAGAGGAGGAGGAGGAUGGGGUGUAUGGGGUAGCACUGCACGACUUUCGGGCCAUGGAGCCAGGAGAGUUGGAAUUUGACGUGGGGGACCGUAUCCGGGUGGUAAACACCCUGGAGGACGGUUGGCUGUCGGGCGAGCUGAGAGGGCGAUGUGGGGUCUUUCCUCAUCGCUUUGUCAAGAUUGAGGAUUAUGGGCAAAACAUGAGGGAAGACAUGGAAGCUGUAAAAAGGGAAGGGGUAGAGGAGUAUAGCAGCUACACCUUGGACUGCAGCUCCGGUCAACAGGACCAUAGCGAGACGAAGUACGGUUCUGAGUGGAGACCCCAAGAGGACCACACUGUGUGGGACCUGGAUUACUUUGAUAGGGCGGAAGAAAGGAUGUGGCAGGGGGACUCUGUCAGCGAGAGUCUUUCCCAGGAGACUGCAGGGGAGCAGCCCCAGGACAGGGGGGAGAGAAGAGAUGGGGCUAAAGCACAACCUCACAGGCCUACAGCCCCCCAUGGGCCCCAGAGACCCAGCUCUGUCCCUCAGGCAAGGCCCAGGCUUCUCCCUCGCCCUACUGUGCCAGCUCUGGGCCACAGGCAUCACAUCAGCCCUAACGCCACCAAUAAUGGUAGUAGGACUAGCCACCCUGAUACGACCCUGCCACCACUACUCAACAGAGCCUUUAGCCUAGCUACACCUAGCACCCAGUCUGCCUGGUCCAAAGGUAACGGCCACUACCUCGGAGCACUAGAGGGCACCACCAACAAUGGCAAAGGUCAUAGUCUGGGCAAGGAAUUGUUAAGUCUAGUGGUGGAGGGCCACCGGCAGAAAAAGCUAACCCGCCACUCCAGCGUCAACGAUGCCGACUUGCUACUUGGCUGCAGUGGUGAGCGCAGGGUGCUGUCCCAGCGGAAGGGGCAAUGCUCCAAUGGUCUCCUGCCCGCUUCCCUCACCUUGGAAUCCCUGGCAACAUCAGCCGGUGACCUGGAGACCAAGUUAUCCCAGCAGCUCUUGCAAUUUGAGAGGAGCCUGCCGGGGAACGGAGGGGUCGAUGUUGUCGGGGCUGCUGCUGGAGAUGUUGUCGGGGCUGCUGCCGAGGACAAUGGAAGCCGACAAUCCAACAUCUCCCGUCACUUUUCCAUAAUGGACUUCAGUAGUGAGAGCGACAUCAUGCGAGGCUCCUCCCACUCCCAACUGACCCUCUUCCAACCCUCUUCCUCAUCUUCCUCCCUGGAGAGGUGCAAGACCCUUCGCCCCCCUCCCCCUCGUCCAAGAAUCCUCCACCCCCCAGUUCGAGCUCCCUACAAACCGGCACGCCCUGCGCCUCGCCCACCCUGUCCCCGGCAAUCAUCCCCUCCCCUUAACCUCCAGCCCUUUGGACCCCUCUUCUACACCCGCGAGGAGGGGGAGGGGUCUGUGACAGAGACUGAGAGGAGAGAAGAAUCUGAACCUGCCUUCGGUGACCUGGCUCUGGAGCAAGAGAAGGAGAUGGAGCAGCACCUUGAGAUGGACAGGGAUAUCAAGAUUGAGAGGCAAAGAGAGAUGCAGCAAAAGGAGGAGUAUAGGCUGCUGCUGCGGCUGCAGGAGCUGGAGAAGGACAUGGAGGAGUACGCCCACACAGCCUCAGAGCUGAGGGCCUUGCUGGAGGAGGAGGAGGAGGAGGAGGAUGAGACGUCCUGUCUGCAGACCCUGGAGAACCUGGAAUUCUGCAACUACACCCUGUCAACUCUGGCCCUGGAACAGCAGCAUCUACAGCAGCAGCUACAAGAGAUGACCCUCCUGUCGACCCAGCCCAAGUGCCUGGAGUCAACCCCGGUCUCUGCAGUGGUGGCCAUCGAGGACCCCGAGCAGAGGAUGCUGGAGAAAAGGUCAAAGGUCAUAGAAGAGCUGCUGCAGACAGAGAAGGACUACAUCAAGGACCUGCAGAUGUGUGUCAAGGAGAUUAUCCAACCACUCCAACGCAAACAGGUGCAGAACAUUGACUUUGACGGUCUCUUUGGCAACAUCAGCUCUGUGAUCGACCUCUCGCGUCGUCUCUUCAAGACCCUCCAGGACACUGACUCCAUUGGAAAGGUGUUCCUGGACUUUAAGGUAGAGCUCGAGGAGGUGUACAAGAUCUACUGUCAGAACCACGACGACGCCAUCUCUCUCCUGGAAAUGUACGAGAAGGACGAGAGCAUCCAGAGGCACGUGCUGGAGUGCCUGGAGAAACUCAGGGCGGUGUAUCGCGACUGGGGGAAGACCAACUACAUCAACCUGGGCUCAUUCCUGAUCAAGCCGGUGCAGAGGGUGAUGCGGUACCCACUGCUACUAAUGGAGUUGCUGAGUGCCACGCCCGAGUCUCACCACGACAGGCCCCUACUGGCCCAGGCACUGCUGUCCAUCAAAGAGAUCAAUGUCAACAUCAAUGAAUACAAGAGGAGGAAGGACCUGGUGCUCAAGUACAGGAAAGGGGACGAGGACACCCUCAUUGACAAGAUCUCCAAGCUGAGCAUGCACUCCAUCAUUAAGAAGUCCAACCGCGUGAGCAGCCACCUCAAACAUCUCACCGGGAUCUCCCCCCAGAUCAAAGAUGAGGCGUUUGAUGAGGCAGAGAAGAGGUUCCGACUCCAGGAGAGACUCAUCAAGUCCUUCAUCAGGGACAUCUCUCUGUACCUGCAGCAUAUUCGGGAAUCGGCCUCAGUGAAGGUGCUGGCUGCUAUCAGUUUCUGUGACAUCUACACAGACCGGAGCCAGCUGGACCCUGAACAAUUCCAGAGAGCCCACCGUUCCAUUAGCGACCAGCAGUUCCCCCACUUUAAGGAGCGAGCGGAAGCCUUGGUCAUCUUCCCUCUCACCCAGCUUCUGCUCAUGUUUGCCGGGCCCCACAAGCUCAUUCAGAAGCGCUUUGACAAGCUGCUGGACUACGACAACUGCAAGGAGCGCGCUGAGCGCCUCAAAGACCGCCGCGUCCAGGAGGAGCUGCAAGCGGCACGCAACAACUACGAGGCGCUCAAUGCCCAGCUGUUGGACGAGCUGCCCAAGUUUCAUCGUGCCGCUGAAGACCUGUUUACUGGCUGUGUGAGAGCCUUUGCACAGGCCCAGAGAGAUUUUACCAAGCUAACGCUCGGCCAGCUGCAGCCUUUGCUACAGUUAUCAUGCAUUGGGGGCAAUGAGGGGAACCUGAUAUCAUUGUUCCAAGAGGAGUAUGGUAGAGUCCUCCAGCUUCUACAGCGCUUCAGCUUCUGCCAAGAGAGCCUGCCACCCUCCACACGCAAGCCUCUUGACAAGAAGACCCUGGAGAAACAGACCUCCAAGAAGCAGUUGCAGGGACCGCCUAACUACAUCCUGCAGACAGAUGAGCAGAGAGCGGGACUGUUGGCCCGGUAUGGCCCGGAGAAACUCUUCCAGGCGGAAAGGAACUUUAACGCAGCCCAGGAGUUGGACGUGUCCAUAUUAGUGGGAGACAUUGUGGGCGUCAUCAAACAGCAGGACCCCAUGGGCAGCAACAACCGCUGGCUCAUCGAUAACGGGGCCUCCAAGGGCUUUGUGUACAGCUCCUUCCUGAAACCCUACAACCAACGCAGGAGCCAAUCGGAUGUCUCCAUUGAGAGCCAGUCCUCCAAUGAGUCAGGCUAUGGUGGCUCAUCCCCUGUGUUCUCCCGCCAGAACAGUAACAGCACGCUGACCUUCAACCAGGAAACGUCCGCCGUCAGCUUCUCCACUGCCCCUCACACAAGCCACUCCUCACCCCGCCCCAACCUUGACCUAACCCAGGACCCCACCCUCUCUCGCAGAACCCACCGAGACACUCCCUCGCCAAACCGCAAUCCUGCAGACUCCCCCAGAAAUCCCUCCAAUCACCGGGACCUGUUGGACCCAGCGCUCCGAAACUCCCCCAAUCACAGAGACAUUACAGACCCCACCUACCGACAGUCCUCUAAUCACAGGGACUCGUUCGACUCAAGUAAAACAACACCAACCAAUCACAAGGAGCUGUCUGACUCUUCGGAGACAGAAUCUUGUUCUUCGCACAGAAACAACCGUUUGGGUCUUUCUCAGAGAUCUGGCCCAACUGAGGCGGCCCUUGGCUCGUACCAACGGAAUGGAGAUGGUGGUGGUCAGAGGAGGUCCCCAUACUCAAGGGAUGAGUUCAUUGAACCAGAGGCGGAGCCCAAACCUGAGCUCGAGUCAGAGCUCGAUGGGCAUCAGAUUUACUAUGCCAUCUACUCAUUCACUGCCCGCUGUGCUAACGAGCUGAGCAUCUCGGCCAAUCAGCGUGUCCGCAUCCUGGAGUUCGAGGACAUGAACGGCAACAGCGAGUGGUGGCUCGGUGAGGCGGGGGGCAGGCGAGGCUACAUCCCCUCCAACUAUAUUCGCAAGUCUGAGUACACCUGAAAAAUUCCCCUGGGGGAAGGUGCCCCCUAACCCCCAAAGUCAGAGCCCCCACACUAGAAUGAGCUCACCCCGUGAUAGCAGACUGCUCUCCAGACUCCAAACAACAACAAACAUACAAACAAACACUUAAACAAAUGACCAAACCAUCAACAGGAUAUCUGGUGCCUUAAUAUUGAAGGGGAUCUGUGGAGUUUUUUGGGGGGG